AUGCUCAAUGGGUUGAGCCCCCAGGCAGGCAAAAUCUGGAAGAAGGCCAAUCUAACCUUCUCCCUUGAUGGCAAGCGCAUGACUGAGACAUUCCUAAUCUGCAAUACAGGGUCUCACACUGCUAUCUUGGGAUUGAGAUGGCUAGAUGCCCAUAACCUGGAAAUUGAUUGGAACACACGCACCCUUACUUUCCCCCAUGCACCCCCAGAACAUGUAGCUAUUGCCAAGGAGGAGGAGGCCAACAAAAAUCCCCUUGAAGGAGUACCCCCAAAAUACCAUCAAUACGCAAAAGUAUUUGGGGAGGAAGAAUUCAACAAACUUCCCCCUCACCAGCAUGACAACAUUGCUAUUGAACUCACUGAGGAAGGACCCCUCAACUCACCCCUCUAUAGUAUGAUGGAUGCAGAAUCUGCUACACUAAAAGAUUGGCUUAAGAACAAGUUGAAAGCAGGGAAAAUACGGCCUAGCAAGUCUUCCAUUAGUUCCCCUGUAAUGUUUGUACCCAAAAAGGAUGGCUCUUGCCGCUUGGUUGUUGACUAUUGCUGCCUUAACAACUGGACCAAAAAGAACGUUUACCCGUUACCUUGCCCAGACAACCUUAUGGCCCAGCUCCAAGGAGCCAAGGUCUUUACUAAACUGGAUCUGCAAUGGGGUUACAAUAAUGUUUGA